AUGCAAGAAAAGAUUAUGCUAUAUGGCGUCUUUUUGCUCGGUGGAUUUGUCACAAUAACUUCAAUCCUCCGCGUCACCGUCGUUGCCAAUAGCGUCCGUAAUCAAAAGGACCAAAUCUGGAACUUCAUCCAGCGCGGAAUCUGGAAUUUGGUCGAAGCGAACCUAGGAAUUAUCUGCGCGUGCCUUCCCAUGCUAAAGCAAUUGGCAAAACUCUUGUUUCUAUCCAUGUCCAGCGCCUCCAAAGCGAGUCGGUCGACAGGCCAUACGAACGGAAGCACAAAGCGAGACCUUCCGAUAAUCAGAAAUCGACAAAAGUUUGACCUCGACGAUACGAUCAAUGACAGAGAUAUACGCACAGAUGUCUACAUGCAUAGAUGCAAGACUGACAGCGAUGAUGCGUGGGCGUGUGGCAAAUUGUAUCAGAUGAACUCUCUCCCGUAUAAAGGUGCAUCCCACGAUGGGCGUAAAAGCGACGAAACGCACAUUAUGUCAGCAAAGGGCAUGGAAAGCGGUCAUAGUCAGGGUAGUGUGGUGAGCGUGGAUAUAUUUAUGGCCGGGCCGUUAGAUCGGGAUCUAGGCAUCACGAAGAAGCUUUAAGACGAAGCUACCAGUUAGAGGAUUAGGGCCAAGAUUCAAAUGGGAAUUAUGCGGUGGUCUGAAAGAAAGUAUAACUGUUUGAUGGGUCUGGACCACAAAAGGUGGGCUGGGUGACAGCCUGUCGCGCGGCUGAUACGAUCCGAAAUCCUUCUCCUCGUCCUUAGUUGUGUUGUUUUAUUACCGCCGUAUUUGGGUGGAAUUGUGGUGCUGAGCGGUGCGGUUUGCGGGCACCUCAGUACCCCCAGAAAGACAUGUCUGUCUAGUCUAGCAUAUUGUCCGGCUCUUCUUCAGCUAUGCGAAAAGGUUAGUACGAUGCGCUGACAGCUCCCGGAUGUUAUAGUCAAUUGUAAAGUCAUUAAUCAA